AUGGCAGCCCAGUUGCGCGCCACCGGGCCCGGAGUCAUGCACGUGGCCUGGGGUGUAGACGGCAUCGACCAGCUUUUCAAUGAUCUGAAGGCUGCGGGCAACGAGAUGCGCGGCGACGCGCCAUCCGCCAGUCCCUUCGGCUACAAAACAGCCAGCAUCGAGACCAGCAGCUCUCACGGCGUAUACUUCCAACUUGCCGAGGGAGAACAUAGUUAG